AAAGAAAAGUUAAACUUACCGGCAAAAGAACGGUCAAAGAUUGGCCAAAGCUCCGCCGAAUAUUUGGCGAUGGAUAUAUUUGUCCCCUAUAUCCGCCGUAAAUACACUUUUUAGACCUUUCCAAAUAAAGAAUUUGAUUUCUCAUCAAAACCAUAAAAAGAAAAAAAAAACAAAACAAAAUCUUUGUCAAUUUACCCAAAAUUUUCUCUAUUACCGAUCGUUGGAUCUCUAACAAUAAUACUAUCCACGGUUCAAAUUUAUCCUUUGACUUAAGUUUAAAAGAUGAGGCUGGUAUGAUCGGCUUUGACCAACCAUAAACACCAAACCAGGAAACGUAUAUGGGUUUGGUUUUGGUGAAUAUCUAAGAUCAUGAAUGUGAUGCGUCGUCUCAAGAGCAUUGCUUCCUCUCGCUCUUCUAUUUCUGAUUCCGGUGGUGAUAGCUUCACCAAGAGGGCAAAGGUUGAUCAAGAAGCAGAAUUCAAGGCAACAGGGGAAUCAAAUAUCUCUGAUAGGAGUACCUCUGGGCCAGAGCAUCAUAUGGCUUCUACUUCAUCGGAAACUGCAGCAAGCACGUCCAAUGCAGCUUCUAGUUCUAGUAAUAUAACAGAGAAAUUAGAUCUCGAUCAGCUCCCUAAUGAAAUGCAUGAAAUGAGAAUUAGAGAUGAGAAAACUACUGGCCAUUAUGAUAAGGAUGUUGGAUCUAAUGUUAUUAAUGGAAAUGGAACAGAAGCAGGUCAAAUAAUUACAACUGUUGUUGGUGGUCGAGGCGGGCAUCCAAAACAGACAAUCUCGUAUAUGGCUGAGCGUGUGGUUGGGACUGGUUCAUUUGGUGUCGUCUUUCAGGCUAAAUGUAUGGAGAGAGGUGAACCUGUUGCUAUAAAGAAGGUUCUGCAGGAUAAAAGAUACAAGAAUAGGGAGCUGCAGAUUAUGCAUCUACUUGAUCAUCCUAAUACAGUCCAAUUGAAGCACUAUUUCUUUUCAACCACCGAAAAGAAUGAGCUCUAUCUUAACCUUAUUCUGGAAUUUGUACCUGAAACAGUUUUCCGAGUUUCAAAACACUAUUGUAGAAUGAAUCGCCAUAUGCCCUUUUUUUAUGUACAGCUGUAUACAUACCAGAUAUGUCGUGCUCUAAAUUAUUUACACCAUGUGGUUGGUGUAUGCCAUCGUGAUAUUAAGCCGCAAAAUUUACUGGUCAAUCCCCAGACUCACCAUCUCAAGAUAUGUGAUUUUGGCAGUGCGAAGAUGUUGAUGCCAGGUGAACCCAACAUAUCAUAUAUAUGCUCACGAUUUUAUAGGGCUCCAGAACUGAUAUUUGGAGCAACGGAAUACACAACUGCUAUUGACAUGUGGUCUGUCGGUUGUGUCAUGGCUGAGCUUCUGCUUGGACAGCCAUUGUUUCCUGGUGAAAGUGGCGUUGAUCAGCUAGUGGAAAUCAUAAAGAAAUUGGGAACUCCCACUAGGGAAGAAAUCAAAUGUAUGAAUCCAAAAUAUACAGAGUUCAAAUUCCCUCAGAUCAAAGCUCAUCCAUGGCAUAAGAUAUUUAACCGGAAAAUACCUCCUGAAGCAUUGGAUCUUGUGUCAAGGCUGCUUCAGUAUUCGCCAAACUUACGUUGCACCGCUAUUGAGGCUUGUGCACACCCUUUCUUUGAUGAUUUGAGAGACCCCACUGCAUGUUUGCCUAAUGGGCGAGCUCUACCUCCUCUAUUCGAUUUCACGGCUCAAGAAUUGGCUGGUGCAUCUCCCGAACUACGUCAACGUCUUAUUCCGGAACACGCAAGGACAUAAGAUCAUAUGAGACCAGCAUCUAUAGUCAAACUGUAAAUUGGUUUUGGAUGCUUAGUUGCCACACCACCUAUCAAGCCAAGCACCCACAGGAUACCCAUAUUCCCUAUAAAUGGAUACGCUGGUGAUGAGAUAUAGAAGAACUGCUUUGCCAAAUAGGUUUUUGAGUUCUUUUUCUCAUUUGUACGGGCUUUGGCUGCCACAUCUAGUAGUUUAUUAUUAGCAUUCAUGAUUCAAAAGCCUAAAUUUUCAAAACAGAAGAUUUAGAACUUAUUACAUUGUAUAAUUUUCCUACUACUACAGAGAUGCAAAGUGUCCAUGUAAUCCACGUUUUGUUUUCCGGUGAUUUUUUUCACUGUAGCUAAUUUAUGAACUAUAUCAAUAAUAAAUUACUUCGUUACAUUAAAUAAA